AUGCAGGACCUUCUUGAGGGACACAAGGAGUGGUCGAGAGCUGUGGUUUAUGACCAGGACGGCAAGGUCCUCGCUUCCACUUUCGAUGUGGACCUUAAUGACAUCGAAGAUUUGCUUCCACUUUUCAACGACGAAGACAAUGCCUUCAGAUUUGGCCUUGAUCUGGGCGGUGAGCACUACGACGUGCACAGAUUCUACGACACGCUGGUCUACGGCAGGAAGGUGGACCAGAAGACGGGCGACGGAAUCUGUGUCUGCCGAACCAAGAGUGGGGACAAGGCGAUUUUUGUGCUCAUCACCUACGCCUUCCCCACUCUCUCGGCCAAGGCCGUCCCCGAUCUCCAGCAGUUCUGCAAGGCCCACGUGGAGCCCCUGCUCUGA